CACUUUGAUCAUGCAACGCUUGGAGCCCUCAAAUUUGAAAAUUUGGGCAUAUAUCAAGCCUCCAAGCAAUUAAUCAAAAACGCAAGCACAAUAAUAAACUCCCCCCCCCCCCCACACACACACACACUUAAGCUCAACAUUGCCCACAAUGGCGUAAAAUAGGGGCUAGAGUGAAGUUACCGAAAAGCUUGGCGAGUGAAAGUGGAACAGUUUCCAGGGUAGGAGAUUUGAGCUUCCAAAGAGGAGGAGAAAACACACAAAACACAAGCACAUUCUUUCUUGAGGCCAAGUUAUUACACAUAACAAUAUUCCACAUCACGAUAAAAAGGAAGAAAAGCUCACAAAAGUACUAGUUCACACACUAAAGAAAAGAAAAAUAAUAGAGUUCAGAGUUUCAAGUGGAGAAGUGGGGUGAAAUAAAUCAGAUCUGCCACAUGUCUCACUCGGUCGACUACCUCUCGCUAGUCCUGGGCCAGUCCUCCUGCUCGUCAUCGGACAAGACACCCUGCUUGCAGACAAUCCACACCAGAAGGUCGGUGGAGCGGUGUAGGCGGGUGUUAACCCCCAUGACCUACUCCUCAAGGUGUGUGACUCGGUCCACCAACUGGACUCCGGAUGAGGAACCAGCUCCAGCUGAUGAUGGUGGUGGUGCGGCACGACAGCAGGGUCUGGAGCUCUCUCCUGCUAAGGAGGAGGAACCCCUGAUGGGGUGAAAAUACCCUCAAUAAAUUGAUAUGGUCCAA